AAAAAAGGAAACAGCGGAACAGAAAAACUCAUUCACGCGUCCCUGAAGCUUCAUUCCACUUUUUUUUUUUUUACUCACACAACCUGUAGAUCCUGUUUUUCCAAAAAUGCCUCGCAUUGAGAAUGACAUCAAGCUGGACUUUAAGGACGUGCUCCUGCGUCCAAAGAGAAGCACACUCAAGUCCAGGAGCGAGGUGGACCUAAUGAGGAGCUUCACUUUCAGGAACUCCAAAGGCACCUACAGAGGGAUCCCCAUCGUUGCUGCUAACAUGGACACUGUGGGGACCUUUGAGAUGGCCUUGGCUCUGCAUCAGUUCACUCUCUUCACCACGGUUCACAAACAUUACUCCGUGGAUGAUUGGGUGGAGUUUGCCGCCAAGAAUCCCGAUUGCGUGAAGAACGUGGCGGUCAGCACAGGUACCGGCGACGGCGACUUUGACAGGAUCUCAGCCAUCUUGGCGGCGGUGCCACAGCUGCAGUACAUCUGUGUAGACGUGGCUAACGGCUACUCCGAACACUUUGUUCACUUUGUCAAAGACGUGAGGCAGAAGUUCCCCUCGCACACUAUAAUGGCAGGAAAUGUGGUGACAGGAGAGAUGGUAGAAGAGUUGAUCCUGGCUGGUGCUGACAUCAUCAAAGUUGGCAUCGGACCAGGCUCUGUGUGUACCACCCGCAAGAAGACAGGUGUGGGAUACCCCCAGCUCAGCGCUGUGAUCGAGUGUGCAGACGCAGCCCAUGGCUUGGGUGGCCACAUCAUCUCUGAUGGGGGGUGUACUUGCCCAGGAGAUGUCUCAAAGGCUUUUGGCGCUGGAGCGGACUUUGUGAUGCUGGGCGGUAUGCUCGCGGGCCAUUCAGAAUGCGGGGGUGAAGUUAUCGAGAAGAGCGGCAAGAAGUACAAGCUGUUCUACGGUAUGAGCUCCGACACAGCGAUGAAGAAACAUGCAGGGGGCGUGGCUGAGUACAGAGCAUCGGAGGGGAAGACAGUGGAAGUGCCUUACAAAGGUCCGGUGGAUGUGACAAUACGAGACAUCCUGGGUGGGGUCCGCUCUACCUGCACCUAUGUAGGGGCGGGAAAGCUAAAGGAACUGAGCCGCAGGACCACCUUCAUCAGGGUCACACAACAGCUCAACACUGUCUUCGGCAAUGACAGCUGAAUCCUUCGGGCUUAAUCCGGCUUCAGAUGGAAGGAUGAAUCUGCAACAGUGACCAGACGUCUUCAUUUAUACUUCAAUUUCUUCCUUUUUUUUCCUUCAUGGUGGAGGUUUAUAGAUUUAAAGUUUUCAAUGCAAUUUUAUUAGAAUGAUUUUUAAGUUGAGAGUUUUCUGCACAAAAUCUGAAUUACUUAACAUGUGAAAUGUAACUUUUUUCAUACAAGCCACAGAGUGUUUCAUUGUGUCUCCGGACAUUAAGGCAUGAGCUGGUGACCCUGCAUGAGUCUCUGCUCUGUCACUAUCCCAAUGCAAGGCCUUCAGUCAGUCUUUUUACAUGUAUGCAAAUCUGCAGCGGCCUCUAAAACAGUGUCUACUUAUGUUUCUAUGCAUCGUUAGCCUUCCUUACCCACAUAUAAAACUAUAGAGUCUUAAAUUAUGAACAAGCCUGACAAUAUGUGCAGCUGUAGCUAGUUAGGGUCAUAGAUAUAAUUU